AUGAUCCGCAGGCUCUUCCCAACGUCCCUCAAAGCGAGGCUGGCUCUCGUGGGUAUGCUGGCAACGGCGUAUAUCUUCAUUUCUACAGUUUAUCUUGGACACGGAGGAAACCCUUUCUAUUCCAUGCGGGAGGGGGACGGUAACACGAUCGCUGAAACACUACCCGUUCAUGAUUUGGAGUUAGAGGGAUUGGCGGGGACUCGGAAUGGGACCGUGGCGACAUCUGCGCAGGCUGCGGCAGGUCAGACUGAGAGUAAAGACAUACCCAGUUCGGAUACGUAUGCGGCACCCAAAGCUACUAACAGUCCCAUUUCUACUCCCAACACCUCCACAGGAGUUGCCAGCGACUCCGAUUCAGGAGCGAGACCAAAAGGCCCAUCAGUACUCCUCGUAUCAGCCUUCUUCCCUCUUGAAAAACCAAGAUACCCACAAUCAAAAUAUGACGCGUGGCUGAAGAACUAUCUCGGUAGUAUCACCACUGAUGUGUACAUGUACACCACACCAGAGAUAGCGCCGCAGUUCUCGGCAAUGCGGACUGAGGGGUUGGCAAUUACGCUUGAUACCAAUUACACCACGCCGUUCGAUGUCCCGCCCCUCCAAGGAAAAGAGGAAAUGUACAUGAGGAUACAGAAGAAAGACCGGGAGCGACGAGGCGGGCGUCGUGGGGCGAAUGUGACUGAUCUUUAUGCUGUCCGCAAUGCGAAACUGUUCUUCCUGCACCAUGCGAUUGAAGUCCAGCAAGCCAGAGGAGUGAAGUAUGACUAUGCGUUCUGGAACGAUGCAGGCAGCUUCCGCUCUGAUGAACACGCUUAUCGAGCGUGGCCUGCCCCAGAGAAGGUGCAGGAGGUGUUGGGUCAAGGCGGGCAUGAUCACGAUGUAAUAUUUGUGCCAAUUUUUGACGUGCCACAUUCGAGUAUGGCGAUGUGGACGGAGGCAAUGGGCCCCAUUGACAGCAAGUUUAGCGAAGGUUCAUUCUUUGGGGGCAGUCUAAAAGCCAUUGACUGGCUGACACGCGCGUUCUAUGCAUAUCACAAUCGGUAUCUGGCUCUAGAGAUUUUCGUGGGCAAAGACACCUCCCUCCUCAACUCGCUGAUGUUCCUGUUCCCCGACCGAUUCGUCACGGUAUGGCAUAAUGACCCUGACGCGCCUACAGCGGCGCACAUCACUCCCGAGCCUCCCUCUGCCAACUCUGACCAGGAUCCCCCGCGCUUCCUCGGCCAGUGCGGCUCCAUCUGGCAUUACUACCAGUUCUUCCUCUCUGAUGCCCCCACAAAGGAGAAGAUGCGAGAUUUGUGGAUGCAGAUAGCGACGAGAUGGCGGUGGUGGGGCUGGUGGAAGUCGGUGGAUCGGACGCGGUGCCAGGACACGCGGGUGCUGGAUGUAAAAAGCGUGUUGCAGAGAAAAUUGGGUGCGGGGUGGAACGCUCCUGGGCAGGGAGUUAGCAUUCCUGACAGGGUUAUUUGGACAUGA